AUGCCUUCUACAGUAUGCAGCCGUCUUCACGGUCUCUUUAUCGCCCGGAAAACCACCGCAACUCUACCCAAAUCUCCCAAACCCGCCACUGCCACCGCCACCGCCACGGAAGCAGCAGCUACCGCUCCCAGCCCACCGCAGUCUGAUCCGUCUGAAUCACCAUCCGAGGACCGAAAACUCAGAGCCCUAGUCAAAAAAUUCAAGAAAGACUGUGACUCCAGCCGCUUUCGCCGUCCUUCCGGCCACGGAGCCUAUCAAUUCAUUGUUAGGCGCCUCUCUGCCGCUCAGAAAUUCUCGUACAUUGAGGAUAUCCUCGAGCACCAAAAGCAGUACAAAGACAUCACCAAUGAAGGCUUCGCCAUUCGUCUCAUUUCUUUGUAUGGGAAGGCUGGCAUGUUCGAUCAUGCGCGCAAGUUGUUCGACGAAUUGCCCCAACUGAACUGUGAGCGCACGGUCAGAUCAUUCAAUGCCCUCCUCUCUGCUUGCGUAAAAGCGAAGAAAUUUGACAAAGUUCGGGAGCUUUUGAGCGAGGUACCAGAGAAACUAUCUAUUCAGCUCGACAGGGUCUCGUACAAUACGGUUAUUAAAUCGUUUUGUGAAUUGAGUGCUUUUGAUUCUGCUUUAUCAGUGAUCGAUGAGAUGGAGAAGAACGAGUUGGAGCCUGAUGUAAUAACCUUCAAUAUCCUUUUAGGUGCUUUUCAUCGGAAUAACAAGUUUGCUGAUGCAGAUAAGCUGUGGACAUUGAUGGAAGACAAGAAAAUUGUUCCUAAUGUGAGAACUUACAAUCCAAAGCUGCGAGCACUGGUUGCUGCUAAUCGAAUUUCUGAAGCAGUUGAGCUGAUUGAAGAAAUGAGGAGUAAGGGAUCCAAUCCUGAUGUGUUUUCCUACAAUGCAGUGAUCAAAGGAUUUGUUGAUAGUCAGAAUUUGGAGGAAGCCAAGAGGUGGUACAAGGAAAUGGCGAAAGAUGGUUGUGAACUAGAUAUUGCGACAGUUUCUAUGCUUGGUUAUUUUGUUUGUAAAAUGGGUGACUUUGAUUUUGCUCUCGAGUUGUGCAAAGAGGCUAUCAGUGGAGGCUGUAUUCCUUACAAGACGAUGAUGCAACUUGUUGUGCAUGGAUUGAUUAAAGAGUCCAAGAUAGAAGAUGCAAAGGAGCUUGUGGAGCUUGGCAAGCUUCAAAUAUCCAUGGAGAAGUAG